AUGAAGCCCGGAGCCGGAUGUGUGGCGGCGAGCAGGUCCGGCUGCGGCACAGUGGCCUUCUCGUGGGAGCAGGAGCCGGGGGUGUCCAAGCAGAAGCAGGGCCCGGCAGAAGCCAUGGAGCCCACCGCCGGGGCGCCCCGCGCGGACGCUGCCAGCAGGGCGACGCCGGCGCCCGCCAAGAAGGCGCCUCCGCCUCCUGCGCACCGGCACCGGCUGCGCGUGCCGCCACCUCCAGGAGGGCCGGGCGCGCCGGCCGUCUCGCCGCCGCCCGGGAAGAGCGGCGGCGGGUCGAGGAGCCGCCGCGUCAGGCCGCGGGACGACCCGUUCCUCGCAGCCUACCUGGCGUGCACGGACAACGACGGCAGCAGCAGCAGGGGGACCCGGAAGCUGCUUGGCUGGGCAGGGCUUGGGCUCGGUCUCGGACUCGGCCUGCGUGGGUUCGGGCUCUCUUGCAAGAACUCGUGCGGGGCGGAGUGCGUCGUGACACUGGCUAGAAUCUUAGAACCCGAUGAGGAUUUGAAUCUUGGCUGA